UCAGCUGCUGUGUGAGGUGCACUUCAUCCAUCGCUCUGCUAGAGACAGAAGAGGAGGAGAGGAAGGAAAACACAGCACACGAGCGAACACUCAGGAGCAUCAUGGCACCGAUUGGAUUAAAAGCGGUCGUUGGAGAAAAGAUUAUGAACGAUGUUAUUAAGAAGGUGAAGAAGAAGGGAGAGUGGAAGGCUCUGAUAGUGGACCAGCUCAGUAUGAGGAUGCUCUCCUCUUGUUGCAAAAUGACCGACAUCAUGACAGAGGGUAUCACUAUUGUUGAAGACAUUAACAAGAGAAGAGAGCCACUGCCCUCCUUGGAGGCCAUUUACCUGAUCACUCCUACUGAUAAGUCUGUGCAGAUGCUCAUUAAUGACUUCAAAGAUCCCCAUUCAACGAAAUAUAAAGCGGCUCAUGUGUUCUUCACUGACUCUUGUCCAGACCCCCUGUUUAAUGAGGUGGUCAAGAGCCGAGCCUCUAAAACCAUUAAAACCCUGACUGAGAUCAACAUCGCCUUCCUGCCCUACGAGUCCCAGGUGUUCUCUCUGGACAACCCUGACACCUUACAGAGCUUCUACAGCCCUCAUAAGACACAGCUGAAGAACCCUGUGAUGGAACGAUUGGCCGAGCAACUGGCCACACUGUGUGCCACACUAAAGGAGUACCCUGCUGUACGAUACCGAGGGGAAUACAAAGAUAAUGCCACUCUGGCUCAGUUGCUUCAAGACAAACUGGACGCCUACAAGGCAGAUGAUCCUACUAUGGGUGAGGGUCCAGACAAGGCCCGCUCUCAGCUCAUUAUUCUGGAUCGAGGUUUCGACCCCGUCUCCCCUGUCCUACAUGAGCUUACCUUCCAGGCUAUGGCAUACGACCUGCUGCCGAUCGAGAACGACGUCUACAAGUAUGAGACCAGUGGCAUAGGUGAUUCUCGUGAGAAGGAAGUCCUGCUGCAUGAAGACGAUGACCUCUGGGUGGCGCUACGACACAAACAUAUCGCAGAGGUGUCCCAGGAGGUGACACGCUCCUUGAAGGAAUUCUCUGCCAGUAAACGGAUGAACACUGGAGAGAAGACCACCAUGAGGGACCUGUCUCAAAUGCUUAAGAAGAUGCCCCAAUAUCAGAAAGAGCUCAGCAAGUACUCAACCCACCUGCAGCUGGCUGAGGACUGCAUGAAGAACUACCAGGGAACCGUGGACAAGCUGUGCCGCGUAGAACAGGAUCUUGCAAUGGGAACAGACGCAGAGGGUGAAAAGAUUAAAGACCCCAUGAGGGCCAUCGUGCCAAUCUUGCUGGACGCCAACGUCAGCACCUAUGACAAGAUCCGCAUCAUCCUGCUCUACAUCUUCCUCAAAAACGGAAUCACGGAGGAGAAUCUUAACAAGCUGAUCCAACAUGCCCAGAUACCUCCCGAGGACAGUGAGAUCAUCACCAAUAUGGCCCACCUGGGUGUCCCCAUCAUCACAGAUUCCACCCUCCGCAGAGGCAAAAAGCUUGAUCGUAAGGAGCGUGUGAGCGAGCAGACCUACCAGCUGUCUCGCUGGACCCCCCUGAUUAAGGACAUCAUGGAGGAUGUUAUCGAAGACAAGCUUGACACCAAACACUAUCCGUACAUCUCAACACGCUCGUCCUCUUCCUUCAGCACUUCUGCAGUCAGUGCCCGAUAUGGCCACUGGCACAAGAAUAAAACCCCUGGAGAGUACCGCACAGGCCCACGCGUCAUGGUUUUCAUCAUCGGAGGCAUGUCCUUUAGUGAAAUGCGCUGUGCCUAUGAGGUCACACAGGCCAAUGGCAAAUGGGAGGCCAUCACUGGUUCUACUCACUCGCUCACCCCCACCAAAUUUCUAAUGGACCUGCGGCAUCCCGACUUCCGAGAAUCCACUAGGGUAUCCUUUGAGGAACCUGACCCCUCAGACGAGUGAGAGAGAGAAAGAGGGAAGGGUGGGAGAGAGAAAUCACACUGAAAAAGUUCGACUCAUGUCGUCUCCCCAACCAUGCUCCUCGACACUCUCAAGGCCAUGAACAAACCCGAUGAGGAGCCGACAAGCUAAAAUCACAACUCCCCCACCCCCUCACCCUACCUUCAGCGGUUACCCUCUCCUGCUCCUAUAUAAAUUGUGUAUGCAUCUUGCUUGAAAGUAAAAAAAAUAAAUAAAUUGGUGACAAAAUAAAACCCACACACACGUAUGUAUAUGUUAAAAUAAAUGAAUCAUUGCAAGUAUUCUGUUUUACAACAAAUGCAAAGGAUUACACUGUCAAACUGAAUUAUAAAUCGCCAAUUAAAAACCUGAAAGUACCAAAUGUAAUGUUGUAUGUUAUGGAACCUGCUAGAAUUUUUAAAUGGUAGAUCAUUCUUUGCAUUUGUUCCUUCUUUAACUCCGUAUGUUUUUAAUGGUUUAAUGGAAGGUGGGGAUGGGACUGGUUUGUGAAUCAGACCAGUAAGGCAAAAUUACGCAUAUCACUUCCAAUGCUGAAGGCUAAACUUCCGCCCAGUUUAGAUGCUUGGGGGGUUUUUAAAUGUCGUCUUCAUUUUAGGUGUGCAUGCUACGGACGCUACUAUGUGGACCUUUUGAGACUGAAAAUAAAAAAAUAAAAACCCAUGUUAAGAUGUGUAAAAAUGAAACUAUGAGCAUCUCCUGGGACUUCAGUGGUGAAGAGGAAGGAGGCCAAUGGAGUAAAAAGUGAAAGAGACACUGUGCCUAGGUAGCGGAUGUCACCCUUCCUCCAGUCUUGAUUUUGGGAGCAUUUUCUUUCUGCGUCCUUUUCACGUCUCCUUCUGCAGAGACCUCAUGAUUUAGUGUCAAGAAGGCCAUUGCUUGCAAAUGUUUAAGAUAUUCAAAAAAAGGGCCAGUUGUAUUUCAGUAUUGUAUCUUGUCAGAUUGAGUCUUUAUCAUUGUUUAACCGGACCAUGCACUGAGUAGUGUGUUGUUAUAUAUGCCAUAUGUUACUGUUUUCCAUCUCAACUGUUGCUUGGUGCAAAUUUCUAACUGUGAAGUAGUAAAACUUUCCUUUGCCAAUGUGAAUCCACUGUGUUUGUGACAUAUUAGCUGUAGAUGUAGUGAUAAACUGGGAAACAAUAGAUAAUGUCUAUCUUUUGUUUGUUUGUCUGAUUAUUUCUGGUGCAAUGUUAUAUCUUCUAAUGGUGAAUGGCUUUGCAAAGAAACAACCCUCUUUAAGCGUUUCAGUUUCCUCUACUCCUCUGGCAGACGGGUUGUAUUCUGUGAUGCAACAACUUGGGCCUAUAUGGUUCUCUCUUUUUUUAUUUUGAAAUGAUUACGUUAUUUUGAUUUGCUGUUGUAUUGAACACACUGUGUCCACUGAAUUGAUUUCUAUUCAAUUUAUUUUUCAGAGAAUAUCAAUAAAUAAGAACGUAGUUCGUCCUAAACCUGUUGAACUUACUUGGAUUCUAGUUUUGCGAGUGCUGAAGCACAAACUAAAGUAUACAUUAUGUGUACCGAUAUACUAAGGCUGUCUAAUAAAUUGGCUUCCAA